AUGGUUCGGGGGAGUUCGGCUAGUGUUCGGGAGGCCAUUGCCGAACAUGGUCUCCCGAACACUGCCGAACUCCCCCAAACUAUGCAGGAGCUUGAUGCCGUUGUUGGUGAGAGUCUGGCCACCUUGUCCCACCGUUCCCAGCUGCCCUACGUGAACGCCUGUCUGCUGGAGGUCAUGAGGAUCCGGCCUGUCGGACCUCUGGCGGUUCCCCACGCCCCCACAGAGACCGUCAAAGUGCGGGAAUACGAUAUCCCCAAGGGAACCCAGGUACUGCCGAACCUGUACUCCCUCCACAUGGACCCCGCCUACUGGCCUGAUCCGGACCGGUUUGACCCCGGAAGGUUUCUGGAAGUGGAAGGAAACGUCGUCAACAAGCCUGAGUCCUUCAUGCCGUUUUCAGGAGGCCGACGCGUGUGUCUCGGGGAGCAGCUGGCCAGGAUGGAACUUUUCCUGGUCUUCUCGACCCUGCUGCAGUCCUUCACCUUCAGGACGCCAGAGGGCGCUCCUCCUCCAACCACUGACGGCGUCCUUGGUCUGACGUUGACGCCGCAUCCGUUAAACUUUGUGCGAUCCCGCGACGCCAGAGGGCGCUCCUCCUCCAACAACUGA